CCGGAAUUCCACGUUCUCCGGAGCGGGGCUUCUGGAGACGGCGGGCGAGAAAACCCGGCGCCCGGAAGCUUUUGCUUUCUUUGACGCAAGGGCUCGGGACGCAGCCGCCGUCGGCCGAGCGCCCGGCGAGGAGCGACCUCAGACGGAGCCUUCGGAGUCCCUCCGCCCCGACCUCGCCCGGUGCCCGAGCCUCGGUCCUCCUCGCCGCUGUCCUCGUGGCCAUGGAGUGUCCGCACCUCAGCUCCAGCGUCUGCAUCGCCCCGGACUCAGCCAAGUUCCCCAACGGCUCCCCGUCGUCCUGGUGCUGCAGCGUGUGCAGGUCCAACAAAAGCCCCUGGGUCUGUUUGACUUGUUCAAGUGUCCACUGUGGAAGGUAUGUGAAUGGCCAUGCAAAAAAACAUUAUGAAGAUGCACAAGUACCCUUAACCAACCAUAAGAAAUCAGAAAAACAAGAUAAAGCUCAGCAUACAGUGUGUAUGGAUUGUAGUAGCUACAGUACAUACUGUUAUCGCUGUGAUGAUUUUGUGGUUAAUGACACCAAGCUGGGACUGGUACAGAAAGUCAGAGAACACUUACAGAACUUGGAAAACUCAGCUUUCACCGCUGACAGGCAUAGGAAAAGAAAACUUUUGGAAAACUCAUCACUAAACAGCAAGUUAUUAAAAGUGAAUGGAAGCACCACUGCCAUUUGUGCCACAGGCCUUCGGAAUUUGGGGAACACGUGUUUCAUGAAUGCCAUUCUUCAGUCACUCAGUAACAUUGAGCAGUUUUGCUGUUAUUUCAAAGAAUUGCCUGCUGUGGAGUUAAGGAACGGGAAGACUGCAGGAAGGCGAACAUACCACACCAGGAGCCAAGGGGAUAACAAUGUGUCUUUGGUGGAAGAGUUUAGAAAGACACUCUGUGCUUUAUGGCAGGGUAGCCAAACUGCAUUUAGCCCAGAGUCCUUAUUUUACGUUGUUUGGAAGAUUAUGCCGAAUUUUAGGGGCUAUCAGCAGCAGGAUGCCCAUGAAUUUAUGCGCUACCUUUUGGACCACCUGCACUUGGAACUCCAGGGCGGAUUUAAUGGCGUUUCCCGCUCAGCAAUUCUGCAGGAGAAUUCCACUCUGUCUGCAAGUAACAAAUGUUGCAUAAAUGGAGCAUCUACAGUUGUCACGGCUAUAUUCGGAGGCUUCCUUCAAAAUGAGGUUAACUGUCUCAUAUGUGGGACAGAAUCUAGAAAGUUUGAUCCAUUCCUAGAUCUUUCAUUAGAUAUUCCAAGUCAAUUCAGAAAUAAGCGCUCUAAGAAUCAAGAAAAUGGACCAGUUUGUUCAUUACGAGAUUGUCUUCGCAGUUUUACUGACUUAGAAGAACUUGAUGAGACAGAAUUAUAUAUGUGCCACAAAUGCAAAAAGAAACAAAAGUCCACUAAAAAGUUCUGGAUUCAAAAACUACCCAAGGUGCUAUGCUUACAUUUGAAAAGAUUUCAUUGGACAGCAUAUUUAAGAAACAAAGUUGAUAUAUAUGUAGAAUUUCCACUGAGAGGCCUAGACAUGAAAUGCUACUUGCUAGAGCCCGAGAACAGCGGCCCCGAGAGUUGCCUGUAUGACCUCGCUGCUGUGGUGGUGCACCACGGCUCUGGGGUUGGUUCUGGACAUUACACAGCAUAUGCAACUCAUGAAGGUCGCUGGUUCCAUUUUAAUGACAGUACUGUAACAUUGACUGAUGAAGACACCGUUGUGAAGGCAAAGGCCUACAUCCUUUUUUAUGUGGAACGCCAGGCCAAAGCUGGAUCAGAUAAACUUUAAUACCUCCUCUAAAUCAUUAUUCGUCAACUGUACCGGACAAACAUUUCCAGUUUUCCAUAAAUACUUGAUCCAAGAUUUAAUUUCAUUAUGCACUUUUCAGUUUCCUAUUUUGGGUUUAGUUUUAUUUUGUCAAUGGUAGUGACUUACUGAACAUGGGCACCAACUUUUUUUUUUUUAGUUCUACCAGAAAACCUCAGCAGAUGUUUUGAUUUGCUGCUUUAGUUGUAAUAAUUGUUUUUAUAUGUAGUUCCAAGAACUUAGUUCUAUUUGACUUUUUUAUAUUAAUGUUUUCAGUUCUCACUUUGAGGCACAUUUGCAUCAAUGCUUUGGUUUCUCUCACAUGCCGAAAGCAAGCUCUGUUCCUGAUCAUGAAGAACGACAUAACUGCCUGCUGUACUGGAGAUCAGGUUGACUCUAAAUCAAGAAUCAUGUGUGCAUGUAAUUUGUGGCCCACGAGAUUUCAGUGACUGCUCAGUAAUCAUUCUUUUUGCUUGUAAGAGAUAACAGAGUGCAUCAUUGAGUAGACCAGGUAAUUGAUGCUCCUGGUAUCUUUCAAGGCUGCUGUUUAUCAGCACUAAAUAAAUUUGGUGGUUCAGUGGUACCUGUACUGAAAAUUCAAGAAUUACUCUGUUGGUUUUUUGGUUUGGGGGUAUUUUUAUGUGUGUUUUAAUAGAGGUGAGAGUACAGAAAAGUCUAAAUAAGACCAAAUACAUUUAGUGUUAAAAAAAUUCUGUGACCCAGCUACAUGGCAUAGGUGUUACCCAGUGAGAUGCAACCAUAGCUUUUGUUUGCUUUUUUGAAUCAGCACCUAAUUCCCCCAUUAGUUGUAGCACUGGGGAUAACUGCAUGUCUGCUUCACUGUUUCUUCCUGCUUUGCCAUCUGGGGUUGAAAUGCCAGCCUCCAGAGUUGAUUCUGACCAUCAUCUGCCCUUCAUGUAACACUGUGGGGUCUGCUUCUACAGAAGGAAAUGAGAAUCUUUAUUACUCUAAGGUUUUAAAAACUCUGGCCUAUCCUGAUAGCAGAGCAAGUUAAAAAUAUUCUCACUUUGAAUAAGUAGAGUUCCUGUUGAGUUUAGUAGUCUUUGUUUUAAAAUUGUUCUUAAGAAAAAUAGGUACAAGAACUAUUUAGAUUUAACUUAAAUUGAAAUUUGGAACCAGAAUCCCAUUUAACGAAGGUGAUCGUGAUUUCCGCGCGUGCUUCAAGCCAGUCUGUUGAUUAUGGGUGGCGGUGGCAUUACUUGCAAAUUACUUAGAGAAGGAACUCCAAAAUAGGCCUGUAUGCAUGGACCACACACUGUUUUCAUGUUCAUCUCUUGUCCCAAUCAUUAUUUUUCUCCCUUCUCAAUUUUCUACAAGUUAUUACAAGGGACAGAAAGUAGUUCAUGUUAAGCCAGCCAACCAGACUUUUUGAUAAUCUUGUUUCUUCUAUUAAACAAAAAAGUAAAGAUUUUAAGUGUGUAAAUGUAAAAGAAAUUCUGGUGCUUGCCGUCCUAGGCCAGAUAUUUGAAGUUGCAGGAGCAGAUGCGGCUUCAUUUUCCACUUUAGUAUUAGCUGCAUAAAUCCCACAUUUUCUCAGAGCAGAACACAUCUGCUAAACACUUUAACAUGACUAGGAACAAAUUGCAAUUACGUUUAACCUUGUCCUGUCCGGUACAGGUGGUCACUAGCCACAAAUUUAAUUAACUUUAAGUUUUUCAGUCGCACUAGCCCCGUUUCAUGUUCUGUGGCACAGAACCGCGCACCGCUAGACCAUUUCCACCAAUGCGUAGUGUUUCCUUGGACAGGGCUGGUCUAAAUUUUCACUCCAGAGAAAAACUUUGCCAUCAUGUUAGGUCUUACCAUUUAAAGAGUCUAGAAGAUAAUUAAGAGGUGAACAUGUAUUUAAAAUGGUUUACAGUGCUAAAUUAGAUUAGGUUGAACCAUAUGAAAUUGUGAUAGUUGACUUUUUGAUCUACAAAAAUGAGUUUUGCAUAAUUUGAUCUAAUCAGUACAUUAACACCACAUCUAAUUGAACUUGAAAUGUGCAUCUUCUUUGAUUUUGCUAAGUAUCUCCUAUGAAUCCAGGCUCUUUUGCUUUAGAAGGUACACAGCUGUAACUUCUAACAUUUGCACUUAGAUCGUUAGUAUCGCUGAAUGGGCAGCUGUUAUGACUUCAACAAUAAAGCUUUGGGCAGUGUUGAUGGUGGUGAAAAGCUGUCUUUUUAUGCCAGGUGGAACUUAGCAAUGGACUGGAUUACCUUGUUGAGGAAAGUGGUCCUCAGGCAACACUGUUGGCUUAAGAGAUAAACACGUCUCUUUGAAUUUUUGUAUUUUUAUUGCUUGAUUUUAAGCAGAAAUGUUUGAAUGGUAUCACGAAGGCUCUUUGGAAAAAUGAUUGCAUCCAUUUGAAUUGUGCACUUGAACACCAGUGAUGUAAAUGUGCCUAUUUGUAUUUUAAAAAUUUAACUGUGUAGCCUUAUCACACCUAUUUUAAAAGCUGAUUUUUUUGUGUGUGUGCUCUUCAGGGCUUUUUCUCUUGUGCCAUGCUGUCUCAGGCAUGUAUGUGGCUUCUCAGAGAACUUAUGCUAAGGCAGGGCCUCAUGCCGGGUCACGUGGCUCCUUGGACAAGAAAACUUUCUCAGAAGUCCUCCCACACAGGGGGGUGAUAGAAACAGUUUGUGGCAACACAAAUCUCUCUCCAUGGUGGAGAAACCUUUGCUUAUCCACUGUAUUCUACUCAGUGUCUAGUGAUGACAAAUGUAAUAGAAUUAAACCGGUAAAGUAUACUGGCCCUGGUUGGUGUUAAAUGUGUAUCUCACCUGUGGAACCUACUCAGCAGCUUGGUUUCUGGGGUUGGGGACGUAUUUAUUUCUUAAAGCCAAACCUCUCCUUCAUUGGUUUAGUGUACAUAAGUCUAGUAAGAUAUACUUAUCCCACCUCAACCUCCACUGUCCCCUAAACCUUUCAUGUCCCCUCUGUUGCUGAUGUGGCCUCUUCACUUGGGCCCUGGCAAAGCUCGUGAGCAAAGUGUGUUCCUGCAGCCAGGCAUGGGUCCCAGGUGACCGAGUGUAGCCAUGGGAACACUCACUGCACAGGAAGAGGUGGGCAUGUGGUAGUGUCAUGGCGUAGUCCAGGGUCUUUGCAUCGCCUCACUGGAUGCAGUACCUUCCCCCUCAGGUCUGAGUGUAAUGGAAUCCAAACUGCCCUCCGUAAGCAUUGGUCGUGCUGUGUUGUAAUCAUUUGCCAUUAAAACCUAGUUUGUAUGAUGCUGAGAGGAUUAUGCAAGUGAUCGAUUUCAUUUAAGUUGUAAUCACAUCCCUUUUCUGCUUCACCAACCUGAACUGUUUUAUGGAAAGUAUCAUUAAAGGUCUGGUCUCUUUC